UUGGAGGACCGGACAGGUAGUCCUGUGAGGUUAUCCGCCGCAGUGGUUUCACACAUACAUCGAAUUUAAUAGCAUAAUACAUUAACCCGAGACAUGGACUUCAGUAUAGCGAGCUUUCUUUAUUACAUGUUGGUAAGACAGACGAACUGAACGACAACAUGUCUGGAUUAAAACAUCACAUGUCACUUCCUGUGGCAGUGGGUGUCAUGUUGGUGGGCCUCCCGUACUCCAUCUCUCUAGCUGCUCAGUGGCUUUAUGGCUGGCCCAACAAGCCUGGAUAUAGGAAGUACUUAGAAGCAUUAAAACCAAGGCGAAUAUACUGUCUGACCAGAGCUGUGCUGGAAACUCUCAAAUAUCUUCAGUAUGGGAGACUUUACUUUCAGUGGAAGUCCUGGUACAAGAAUGAUGAAAACCGUAAACAUUAUGAAAAGGCCAUCACAUUUGGCCGCCGAGGCAACAAGCUGGACUUGUACCACCCUCCAAAUGUGGGGUCUGACGGUGUGCCUGUACCAUUGGUGGUUUUCAUCUACGGAGGCGCAUGGGGCUCUGGGGAAAGAUCCAUUUACUGUUUGCUGGCCAGGCAGAUGGCUGAAGAACUGAGUGCAACUGUCAUUUGUCCUGAUUACUGCACCUAUCCAAAGGGGAACGUUUUAGGGAUGGUCCAGGAUAUUGCUGACUGCUUGGUUUGGGCCCAAGAGAGUGGACCGAAGUUCAACUUUGACAAAGGCAACAUAGUGUUAAUGGGCCAUUCAGCGGGUGCUCAUUUGUGUGCGCUGACCACACUGUUUCUCAUUGAUGAAAGAGAGGAGCUCUUCAUAGAGGCCAGCAAGCAGAGGGACAUUACACUGGCAAUAAGAGGAGUGAUUGGUCUGAGUGGCGUGUACGACAUCAUGGACCAUUAUGAACAUGAGCGAAAGCGAGGGGUUGAAUAUGUCUCCACCAUGCACAAAGCCAUGAAUGGAGUGGAGAACUUUCCAUACUACUCACCAACACACUCACUGAAGAAGCUCAGCUGUGACAAACUGAGCAAAGUGCCUCCAUUCGCUUUGCUUCAUGGGACCAGUGACAUUAUCGUUCCUGUUGAAUCUUCCACAAAGCUCUCUGAGCUCCUCACCUCACUGUCCAUAAAGGUGUCACUCUACCUGCUGCCCAGAGUUGACCACACUGAGAUCGUCACCGACCUCAUGGUGCCGGACAGGCGCUUCUACCAUCCCAUCUACAGCUGCAUCAAGCAGGAGUACAGAAAACUGUUGGGAACCUGCUGAUGUCCCAUCAGAUCAGAAAAGCAUCCAAUCAUCACUAAUGUUAACUGACUGUGCCAUACACUUAUUUUGUUUACGUUAUCUGCUCCAAUACCUCAAAAUAGGUCAUAUUUAGCCUUGAGUUGAUUUAUAUCUUGUUCUGCGAUUAUAGUUGAUUAUGAAUAAAACUUUUCUAAUUGGCCUACAAUCUGGAGAACAUCUUUUUUGUUUUUUGUUUUUUUGUUUCAUAUUAUUUGACAAUAAAGUGAAAUGCGUAAAUGUAAAGUGAAACCAGCCAUAGAGCAAUUACUGCAACAGUGUAAUGAAAAACAAGUGAGGCACACUAAUACGUAGUACUGAAAUGAGAGUCCAGGUAGCAAAACUAUACCUCUGUUUCUGGGCCAACUCUCUUCUACUGACAUUGAUUCAUUAACUUUACUGUUUUAAUCAACUGAAACUUUUUCUUGGCUUAUUGUAAUAUCUUGGAUAAAUAUAUAUUGAUCCCAGACACAUUAAACCACCUGAACGAACUGGAA